CCUCCCUUCAAUUUUCCCGCUCUUAACGAAUUUUCCCGAGAAUUUCAAGAGAAAAUAUUCUCUCUAUUUCGUUUGAUCUGCGUGAGAGAGAAAGAAAAGAGAAUUACACAGUGAGAAACUGAAAAACACAAUCAAGAAUCAAUGGCGACGAUUGCAGUAUCGGGAGCCGCAGCCACUGAAACACAGAAGAAAAACAGAAUUCAGGUUUCCAAUACCAAGAAACCCCUCUUCUUCUACGUUAAUCUCGCUAAGAGGUACAUUCAACAGCAUAAUGAAGUUGAGCUUUCUGCUUUGGGAAUGGCAAUUACUACUGUUGUCACAAUUGCGGAGAUUCUUAAGAACAAUGGGUUGGCUACGGAAAAGAAAGUUUUAACUUCUACAGUCGGCAUGAAAGAUGAGAACAAAGGUCGUUUGGUUCAGAAAGCUAAGAUUGAGAUUGUUCUGGGGAAGUCUGAGAAGUUUGAUUCUCUGAUGACUGCGGCCACGGCAGUACCGGAGGUGGUGGAGACGGUGGCGACUGGUGCUGCUGCUGCUGAAGAGGAGAAAAAAGCAGAGGAAAACAAGGAGCAGUAGGGGGAAAGAGAGGGGAAUGUGAUGUUACAUUGUGUUGUAGUUUAAGAAUCACAUUUGCAAUAUUAUAGGAUAGGCUACUUUCAUUUGGAAUUCCUCUGCUAGUUUUUCUUUUUCUUUCCUUUUUUUUUUUUCCUUCUUUCUGAACAGUCACAGUUAUGAAUGAGAUGUGCCAUCCCAUCAACC